AUGGGCGGCAAGGUGGUCAUCAUCCACAGCAAGAGCGAGUGGGAUGCCCAGGUUAUGACCAACGCAGACGCCACUUACAUCGUAGACUUCACCGCCACCUGGUGCGGACCGUGCCGCAUGAUUGGCCCCGUGUUUGAGGAGCUGUCCAACCAGUUUGACAGCGUGGUCUUCCUCAAGGUGGACGUGGAUGAGGUGGAGCAGGUGUGGAAGGGCGGGCAGAAGGUGGAUGAGCUGGUGGGCGCCGCCAAGGACAAGCUCAAGGAGCUGGUGGUGAAGUAUGCGGGCUGA